AAAUGGCCGAGGCCAGUAUUUCAGUAGCUCAGGACCAGUUCAUGUGUCCAGUGUGUCUGGAUCUCCUGAAGGAUCCGGUGACUAUCUCCUGUGGUCACAGUUUCUGUAAGGUGUGUAUUAAUGGCUGCUGGGAUCAGGAGGAUCAGAAGGGUGUCUACAGCUGUCCUCAGUGCAGAGACACUUUCACGACAAGGCCUGUUCUACGCAGAAACAACAUGCUGGAUGAAGUGGUGGAGAAACUGAAGAAGACUGAAGUCCAAGCUGCUUCUCCUGCUCACUGUUACGCUGGACCUGGAGAUGUGGAGUGUGAUUUCUGCACCGGGAGAAAACACAAAGCCGUCAAGUCCUGUCUGAUGUGUUUGGCUUCUUAUUGUGAAACUCAUCUGAAACCUCACUAUGAAGUUUCUUCAUGGAAAAAACACACAUUAAUUGAAGCCUCAGCAAAACUCCAAGAGAAGAUCUGCUCUGAACAUGGUGAAGUGCUGAAGAUCUACUGUCGUACUGAUCAAACCUGCAUCUGUUAUUUGUGUACAAUGGAUCAUCACAAAGGUCACGACACCAUCACAGCUGCAGCAGAAAGAGCUGAGAAACAGAGUGAGUUAAAGGAGGAGCAGAUGAAAUCCCAGCAGAGAAUCCAGGAGAAGCAGAAGAAGGUGCAGGAGCUGAAACAGGCUGUGAACACUAUAAAGCUCAGUGCACAGACAGCAGUGGAGGACAGUGAGAGGAUCUUUACUGAGCUGAUCAGCUCCAUGGAGAAAAAGCGCUGGGAGGUGACGGAGCUGAUCAGAGAUCAGGAGAAGGCUGAACUGAGUCGAGCUGAACGACUCCUGGAGCAACUGGAGCAGGAGAUUGCUGAUCUUCAGAGGAGAGUCACUGAGCUGGAGCAGCUUUCACACACACACGAUCACAUCCAUUUCCUCCAGGUUUUAGCUUCUGGACGUCGCUCUCCUCAAUUACACAGACCAGAUUUUCACACAUCAAGCGUCACUGUCCAUCAACAUCUCUCAUUUGAUGGAGUGAGGAAUUCUCUCUCAGAUCUGAAAAAGAGACUCGAGGAAUUCUGUGAGGAGGAAUUCAACAAAAUCCCUCCACAUGCUGCAGCAGUUCAGAUCAUUUCAGAACCAGAACCACAGAGCAGAGAAGACUUUCUGAAAUAUUUCUGUUAUCUGACUCUGGAUCCCAACACGGCACAUCGUCUCCUCAUUCUGUCUGAGAAGAACAGAGCGGUGAGAGACAGUGGGAGAGAGCAGCGUUACUCUGAUCAUCCAGAGAGAUUUGAUUACUGGGAGCAGGUGUUGUGUAAGGAGAGUGUGUGUGGACGCUGUUACUGGGAGGUGGAGCGGAGCGGUGCUGGUGUGUCCAUAUCAGUUUCAUAUAAAGACAUCAGCAGGAAAGGACGGGGUAAUGAGUGUGGGUUUGGAUUCAACAAUCAGUCCUGGAGUCUGUGGUGUUCUUCUUCUUCUCUCUCUUUCUAUCACAACAGCAUUAAGACUGAUCUCAGAGUUCCAUCACCCUCCAGAAUAGGAGUGUAUGUGGAUCACAGUGCAGGAACUCUGUCCUUCUACAGCGUCUCUGACACGAUGAAGCUCCUCCACAGAGUCCACACCACAUUCACUCAGACUCUAUACGCUGGGUUUGGGUUUAGGUACUCCUUGUUUUCUGGUUCUGCAGUGAGAUUGUGUGAUCCAGAAUAAAAGUGUGUAGUGUUUUCUGUAAAAUUCCUGCAUGUUGCCACGUUGUUGCUCAGUCGUCUGUUUCACUAGAACACAAUCCAGCUGCACAAAAACACUCAUUUUAAUAUUUUAAUUAAAACAGAUGAAUAAUUUAAAAUAAUUAAAAAGGAAAUGUUAAAAAUUAACUGUCAGACAAGAAACUCGUCAAAUUUAAAAAGAAAAUGAUCUCAUGACCUUCACAUUAUAAAGUUCUGUUUGUUUCAUA